AUGGAGGAGCAGGGCAGGGCGAGCAACAAGAUCAGGGACAUCGUGAGGCUGCAGCAGCUCCUCAAGCGGUGGAAGCGUAUGGCGGUGGCGCCCGGAGGAGGCAGGGGCGGCUCCAAGAACGGCGGCGGCGGCGGCGUCGUGCCGAAGGGUUCAUUCGCUGUGUACGUGGGCGAGGAGAUGCGGCGGUUCGUGAUCCCAACCGAGUACCUGGGCCACUGGGCGUUCGAGGACCUGCUCCGGGAAGCGGAGGAGGAGUUCGGGUUCCGGCACGAGGGCGCGCUCCGGAUCCCCUGCGACGUCGAGGCGUUCGAGGGCAUCCUCCGCCUCGUCUCCGGCGGCAAGAAGGACGCCGGUGCCGGGAUGUGCGACUGCUCCUGCUCCUCGGAGACCGAGAUCUUGUGCAGAUGACGGCUCACGCAAUCGACUCUGAAGGAGUUCCUGCCCACAUGCUGCAUUCAGUCACAGAUUUUUUUUCCCUCUCUCCUUUCUUGCGUUCUCCCGUUCUUUCUUCUCGGUUUUAGCUGAAGAAAGAGGAAGAAGUUGCGACUAGUUUGGUCUGUAAUUUGUAUACCGGGAAGAGACGAUGAAGGAUUGUUCUAAUCUAA